AUGUCGGGCCGACCAUCCCGGGCCGCGACAGGCGCGGGGACCGCCCCUCGGCAGCCGACCGCACGGACUCGGAGGACGACCUGCGCCAGCGAGGCCAGGUCCAGCAGUCUCACGCGACCGACGGUCGCGUCCCAAGCGCGGAUCGUGACCAAGGCCACGCUGCCAGGCCAAGCGACGAAGCGACCGAUCACACUCAAGGGUAGCACCGCCGGGCGCGUCCAGCUCAAGCCGGCUGCCCGGAAGCCUGCGCCGCCGAUGAAGCGAGCUUUGACGAUCCCAAAGAGCCCCAACUUUGCGACCUCCAAGCGGCCACCGCGCACGAAGCCCGAACCGGUCCCGCCGCCGCCCGCGAAACCGGUGCAACGCCGGCCCCAUCCUCCAAUGAAGCGUCGACUUACGAUCCCAAAGAGCCCGGACUUUGCAACGUCGCACCGUCCGCCACGCGCGCGCGAGCAAAAGGUGAGCGCGACGACCAAGGAGCUGCAAGACAUUGCCAACGAACGGCGUGCCAUGAUGCUCGAGCGCCGGCGCUUCCAGCGCUACCAUCGCGCGACACAAGGCCUCCCGACGAAGACCCCGACGCAAGGUCCAACCUUUGCGAUGAAAUUGCGCUCGGCUGGCGUCCUCGGUGUUCCCGCCGUUCGUCGCCCCAAGCUCACGCAGGUGCACGAGUUCCGCUUCCAAACCGACAAGGAAAACGCUGCCGACCUGCCGCCCAACAAGCGCCGCAAGUUUCGCUGA